CGGAAAAACUUCCUUAUUGGGUCUCUUGUGUAUGAAGACGAUGGUUCGAUUUCUCUAGCCUCUGCUUUAAAGUGUCGAUAACUGUACGAGUUCAAACGUUCGCGAGACGUGGGUUUACAGUAGCGAUGAAUACGUUUCAGCACGCGACUGUGAUGACGUAAUCUCUUAACUGGUAGCCGCAAGUGGCGAGAAAUUAGGAAUUAAAAAAAAAAAGUUCAACGUCGUAGUCAUUCAAGACGAAUAACUGUGUAAUUUAAGACACUUCAUGAAUACUUGAGUGUAUAGGACUCGGUGGCGUAUGUGGCGGUAAACUGAACCAGGCGGCGAAUAUAUAUAUAAAAAAAAAAACAAGUGAGGUUCGUAAAACGUGUUUUGAAUAUUAUAAAUAAAAAUCUACUUUUCCUGUCACACCAUUCAUUAAGAUUAUUUUUCGUUGUGUUUACGAUAGUAAUUAAAUUUUCUUUCUGUGUAUUUAGUGAUGAAUGAUAACAUGAAGAACGCUGUGUGUUAUUUUAAAUAUGUCAGUGCGUACUAAUACCAACAUGGUGGAUGUAACGUCAUAACACUGUACACGGUACUUAAUCAUGUACAAAUACAAGACGCAAGAACACAGUGAAAUGUUUAAUUGCUACAUAUAUGAUACUAAAACGACGAGUUUAACUGCAGUAACGUCAUGUAGUUAUAUUAUAAAUAAAAUAAUACAUUUAAUUACACACAAAUAUGAACAAUUGUGAUUUGCGUUAGGAAGUGACAUUAUUAAGUUGAAUAACAUAUAAAUUCAAGUCAUGGCUACUUUGAGUGUCGUGCCAUUUUCUAAUACAAUGACGUCAUCACAUUCCAACAAACUUCAGAUUCUUCAACACACCACAAACAGUGCAAAUAACAGUGGUUCUGAUGAACAUCUCGAACGCCAUGAAGUUUUAAUCUUAAGGAAAAAGACCAAGCCAGUAGAGAGCGUAUCAGACAGCAACGAACCCAUGACUGGCAACGGCACUGUCGAGGUCAACAGUGCGACUAAGAUAAGAAAGAAACCGGCCCUUUUGGGUGCUAACCUCCCCAGAAGCCACCAUCAGCCUCCUCCUGUGGCUGUCGCCCGUCGGAAUGCUCGUGAGAGAAACAGGGUUAAACAGGUUAACAACGGAUUCGCUACCCUUAGACAACACAUCCCCCUGUCGGUAUCAUCAACAUAUUCAUCCGGUGCGUCACCUUCAGGUGGUCGUUCAACCAAAAAACUUAGCAAAGUUGAAACCCUCAGAAUGGCUGUGGAUUAUAUACGUAGCCUUCAACAGUUGUUAUCAAUGGAUGAUAAUAAUGAUUCAGAUACCAACAUCCAAGCUAGCAAUUCACCAAAUUCAUCCGAUACAUCAUCACAAACAUCUAUCAUCAUUCAAUCACCAUCGUCACCAGCUAAUUCUUUCACAAAUCCACCUAACCUCAUUGAAGACGAAGAUGAUACAUCCCUCAUUGAUCCAACAUCACCGUCGUCAUCAUCAAAUCUGACAACCCCCUGUUUCGCUCCUCAAUACCACCGUAUAAGAGGCACGAACACUUUCAUCCAACUUGUAAAAGCUCAAUCAGACAUUACCAACAGCGUAGAAAACUCCGGUUAUGACGUAGAAGAUUCUUUUACUCCAAUAUCUCCUUCGUUUCCAAACGUGUGUAAAGACGAACAUUAUAUCAAUUCAGAAAGCCAUCUUCAUCAACUUCAGACACAUCCUCUGGUGACGACAUCCAUUAACACUUACCAAGAGCCA